AUGACCAAAUUGCGCAAACAAGGUCCAAUAACUUCUAUAAAAACACAGACACUUGAAGCGCAGUGGAGUAGGCGUAUUCAUUCGGCCUGUCUGCCUCGGUCUGUCUGUCUCGGCCAGGCUGUGGCCUCUGAAUCUGUCGUUCAGGACACCUGCAGCCAGUCGGACAGCCAGCCAGGCUCCGGCCGUCUGAGUACGACCUACGCUCUGCCGCCGGCUAUCGAUCGGCGACGAUCAACUGCAGACCGCCGACCGCCGACCGCCAAGAGCUGA